ACUUUAGUCAUACAGACUGAAUAUACAAUUUAAAAUACAUUAUAUUAUAAUCGAUAAAGGACAAAAUGUCGCUUCCUGUACCGGAAGUACGCAUAACGCGUAUCACGGAUACAUACUUGGAGGAGGCAAUGGACGAGAUGAACAAAGCGCCGCAGGGGCCACCUAAAAUGACCAAGAAAGAAAAGAAAGCGGCACGCAAAGAAGCCAAGCGUCUGCAGAAAGUUGAAGAACAGAAGCUCGUUCUACGCCACAAUUUGAAAACUGAAUUGGAGCUGGGAAAGCGCAUGGAGUUGCGUGGCAUGGAAGAAUGGAAUGCCAUUGCUGAGGAGAUUAAAACUGUCGAGCUGCGUCAGGAGAUGGUUCAAUGGGGCGAACGUGCUGCGGAAAUAAUCGAGCAUAAGAACGAUCACAUCCAGAUGCUGCUCGAUGACAUGGACCAGACCCAGGAACAGCAUUCACGUAACUUUUCUAAAACUCUCGAACUGAUUGAUCACAUUGGGGAUUGUUAUCAUGCCAUGCUUGAGAGCAGCAAGCGAAUGUACGAACAACAGGCUGAGGAUCUACUCAAGGAGUUCUACGAUGAGGUUCACUUCCGCACCGAAGAAGUCGAGGCGAUGCAUGAGAACAGCGAGAAUAUAAUACAUGCCUCCAAUGUAUUCACACGCGAUCAGCUGAAGCUCGACUAUCAGAUAUAUCUGGAACAACGCGAUCAUUAUGUGAACAAAGAUAUCGAAGCUCGAUUCCAAAUACGCGAUCAGGUUGUCAAGAAAAUGACAGACAUGCAGCGUCAACUAAAUGAAUUCGUGGACUCUCUUCACAAUACAGAAUUGGAUGCCCACAAAUACGAACGCAUUCGAUCUUUAACUGAGCGUCAACAGGCCUUUGUGGAGGAGACACGAAAACUAGACAUAGAGGAGAUGAAAUUCAUUGGUUUACAGAAUGAGACUCAACGUGAAAUGUUGCGUAUUGAAACUGAAAAUAAUACCACGAUCAAUGAUCUCAAAUUGGAGUAUGAGUACUUUGCAAAUGUGCGCAAAAAGAUUGAGGAACGCAUGCAUGUUGAUCGUAUUACAACUCACGAGAAGCUUCGUAUUCUCAGCACCGAGUGCUACGAAUUGACCAAGCGUUUCGAGAAGAUCGUGAAGAGCGGAGAAUUGCUCUUGGCUCUGUCGAUCACCUGCAGAAAACUGCAAACGGAGUCGGAAAAGAUCAUUGUUGGCGGUGAGAUCGUUGAUCCCAUCGAUAUGGGAAAUGUUAGUGACAGUUUCGCACUGGAAACGCUGGACUUAAAAAAGCAUGUGGACUUUACAGAGGAAGAGCUAGUAGAGUUAAAUAAGAAAAUGAAAAACUUCUGGCGUCAACAAUCGAUGGCACAGGCUCAAAAUAUGCUAUUACUUGAGGAAAAGCGUAAACUAACCGAAGAGAAUCAACGAUACAUUGACUUCAUCAAGUCCAUGUCCAAAACCGAAAAUGAAGAAGAGCUGCGUUCGGCAAUGAUCGUGAAUCCCUGCAUACAGCCAACGCCUUUCCUCUUUGAUACUCCUUGUCGUCACUUCAAAUUGCGCAUCAAGAAGGAAUCGAUCACAGCGGGAAAAGAUGGUCGUAGAAUGGCGGCAAAUGCAAUUAAGGACAUGGUUUAUGGAAACGAGCUUGCCACUUUCAUGAAAAAGUAGUUCCUGACAUAAACCUUUAGUGUGGCUCAAUUAGAGAGACAGUAAGAGAGACAGAUCAUACUUACCCUUAUAUGAGGAUACCUCAACUUUUCUGAGGAUCUCUUACGAUUCCACCGGAUGGAAUUUGAUCAAAAUACUUAGCGUUUUGGUUGGAUCUCCAGCUAUUCACACAGUAUACUCUUCUUGAACUUUUAGAAAGAUUACUUUCUCAAAAUUCUUCCUUUAUAGGGUGAAACUCGAAUCGAAGCCGUAGAAACACUUUCAACUUCAGUCAUUUUAAGGGAGUAAACUUAUUAAAAAUCCUACCAGCAGUACAAACUUCUUCAGAGAGAAAGACCUCUAGACAUUUCGGCAGAUAAAACUAUGUUUAAAAUACCUUUCGCUCUUAGAUGAAACUCCAGAUUUCUCAAUAGUUCCAAAUACUUGACCUGUCCAAUCUUCAAACUCCAAUCUAAUAUUUACUCGUUGUUUAAAGCUAUUUAUUAAAUGUGAUUAUCAUGAUGCUAGCUG